CCCGGCAAUGUCUAUUAUAGUUGUCAACAGGGACUAUUCCAAUUGGUAAAUGAAAACAACAGAAACUACAGUAAGAAUUGUGGGUAUGAAUCUGUAGUACCAGCCAUGUGAAUCUAGACAGAAGAAUGAAGGAGUUAUUACUUGUCUCUAUCUAGACAGAAGAAUGAAGGUGUUAUUACUUGUCUCCAUCUAGACAGAAGAAUGAAGGUGUUAUUACUUGUCUCCAUCUAGACAGAAGAAUGAAGGUGUUAUUACUUGUCUCUUUCUAGACAGAAGAAUGAAGGUGUUAUUACUAUUCUCUAUCUAGACAGAAGAAUGAAGGUGUUAUUACUUGUCUCUGUCUAGAUAGAAGAAUGAAGGUGUUAUUACUUGUCUCUAUCUAGACAGAAGAAUGAAGGUGUUAUUACUUGUCUCCAUCUAGACAGAAGAAUGAAGGUGUUAUUACUUGUCUCCAUCUAGACAGAAGAAUGAAGGUGUUAUUACUUGUCUCUUUCUAGACAGAAGAAUGAAGGUGUUAUUACUAUUCUCUAUCUAGACAGAAGAAUGAAGGUGUUAUUACUUGUCUCUGUCUAGAUAGAAGAAUGAAGGUGUUAUUACUUGUCUCUAUCUAGACAGAAGAAUGAAGGUGUUAUUACUUGUCUCCAUCUAGACAGAAGAAUGAAGGUGUUAUUACUUGUCUCCAUCUAGACAGAAGAAUGAAGGUGUUAUUACUUGUCUCUUUCUAGACAGAAGAAUGAAGGUGUUAUUACUAUUCUCUAUCUAGACAGAAGAAUGAAGGUGUUAUUACUUGUCUCUGUCUAGAUAGAAGAAUGAAGGUGUUAUUACUUGUCUCUAUCUAGACAGAAGAAUGAAGGUGUUAUUACUUGUCUCAAUCUAGACAGAAGAAUGAAGGUGUUAUUACUUGUCUCUAUCUAGACAGAAGAAUGAAGGUGUUAUUACUUGUCUCUAUCUAGACAGAAGAAUGAAGGUGUUAUUACUUGUCUCUAUCUAGACAGAAGAAUGAAGGUGUUAUUACUUGUCUCUAGCUAGACAGAAGAAUGAAGGUGUUAUUACUUGUCUCAAUCUAGACAGAAGAAUUAAGGUGUUAUUACUUGUCUCUAUCUAGACAGAAGAAUGAAGGUGUUAUUACUUGUCUCUAUCUAGACAGAAGAAUGAAGGUGUUAUUACUUGUCUCUAUCUAGACAGAAGAAUGAAGGUGUUAUUACUUGUCUCUGUCUUCAUUUCAAGCGUGUUGGCAGGAAACUCUUACACCCAACAUGACUUUGAAAGAGAGGCUACACUGGACGGUUUCCAGACAAUAGAACCUCCAUCAGACGUCAGACCAAUUCAGUCUAGGUUGAAAUGUUGUGUGCUUUGCUCACAGGACGAGCUGUGUUCUGCUGUGACUUUUCAUGAUGGCCAGUGCUUCAAGUACAGCUCCUUCGUAUCAACACCUGGUUCCUUUCUCCCCGGAGCAACAACAUUCCACAAGCAAGCAGAUUCAUGUCCUGUGUCUCAAGGCUACACGCUAGUCCUGUCGCCACGCCUGUGUUACAAGCUCUACACCAGUCCCUGGAUAAACUGGGCAGAUAGCCAGUCCCGUUGUGAGAGUGAUGGCGGACGUCUAAUGAUACUUAAUACCUUACAAAAGCACGACUACAUUGGAGAUUUCAUGACGAGAACGUCUUCUAUAUAUGGAGCACUGAUUGGUCUGCAAGUGUACAGUGAGACAUCCUAUGCCUGGACGGACGGUUCAACCUUCAUCCGGUCAGGGGCAAAGAGCAGUCCAUUCAACGCAGGAUGUGCAUACCUGCAUCAAGCGACAAUAAAGACCACGACCUACACAAACAAAGGCUGGUCCUUGUGUGAAGUUAUAGUGUGAGGCGUGAUCCAGAUAUGGUCUGGAAGCCAUGUUUCCUGACAUCCACUUGCCUUUACUUGAUGGACUGAGUGGUUCUUCAACGCCAGGCAAACAAUGAGAUGUACGAGAUGUUACUUUUGAUUUCCAAACUGAAACGCGAAGGCCAACACAGAACGUACAGUGCAAAAUUGUGGAAUCAGUAAAUAACCACACGUCAGUGAAUAAUUAACAAAUUAUAUUGAAACACAAAGGAGGAGGUUUACAAAACAUUAAAGGCAGUAGAAUUGGUCAAUAAAUAAUAGGCCCUAUAACAUCAAUCAGAGGAUGCACGAAAGUUCAGAGACCCGUGUAGAUCCAGGGUAGAAUAGGUCUUCAGCAACCACUGCUUGCUGUAAAAGGCGAUUAUGCUUAUCAUGAGAUCGGGAUCGGGUGGUCUUGGUUGAUGCAUGUCAUCGUAUCCUAAUUGCGUAGUUUGUCUGGACCAGACAUUAUUAUUAACAGACUGCCGUCAUAUAGCUGGAAUAUUGUGGCGUUAAACAACAAACAGACAGUGAAGCUUGCUGUACCGAGAAGGUACAGAAGAUAGCAAGCGUUGGGGCAAGGAUGUGCUAUAAAGACUAAGGAGGCCACACUACCUUAUUGCUGUCAAGAUCACUAAACUGAAAAACUGUUGCCUCCUUGACAACCUUAACCGUCCAAAACUAAUUCAAAACUAAUUCGGGGUCUCUAUGAUGUUUGUAUUUUCCACAAAAUUGAAGACAAUUUGUUUUAGAUUUUGACAAUUUAAAACCGUUUUCUAAAGACCAUUUAUGUAUUUUAUUUAGACACAAUUGUAAUUGUCUUUCAAAUGUAUGCAUAUUUUUGCCACAAGAUACCUAAAAAUCAUCCACAAACAACGAUCCGUCAAUUGAAUCAUUUGAAAAUUUAGAGAGGCUAUUUAUGUUGAUUCUAAACAAUGUGACAGACAAGACACUACAUUGUGGGACACCCUGACCCUGAUUAUAAUAAUCAGACAGGGAAGAACCCACGCGGACUUGAAAUUGCCUGUCAGUUAAAAACACGGAUAUAAAUUGAGGCAAACAGCCUCUUAAUCCCAAGUCAUGUAAAUAUUCUAAAAUACCGUGUUUCCAUGUAGUGUCAUAUGCUUUCCUACAUCGAAAAAGAUAGACACUGCAUGUUCCUUGUUUAUUAUUGCAAUGGUCAAUGGUACUGAGACUUUUACAAAAACAACACUGAAUAUUUGUUAUUAAAUUAUUAGUUUCGAAAUACCAUGUCAAUCUAUUAUUUACCAUGCGUUCAAUGGUUUUGCAAACGCAGCUAGUCAAUGAAAUGGGUCUUUAAUUUCAGGGAUCGGUAUGAUCCCGUCCAGGUUUUGGUAAUAAUGAAGGAAUUAUACCAGACAUCCAAAUUUCAUAAAAAAAUAGCAGAAGAGUUUCUAACAAAGGUUCCUGUAAAUGUUUCAGGAGUUGAUGCGUAUGUUAUCUGCUCCUGAAGCAGUAUCAUGAGCUUGCCCUAGGGCAGUGUGGAGCUCAGGAAUGGAGAAGAUUUCAUUGUAGUUUUCCCCAUUAUCUAAUUGAAAUUUUUCUUUUCUUGCUGCUUUUGGUAUUUUUGAAAUUUAGGUACAUAGUUAUUCGCCAAAGUUUCCCCCAGUUUAUUUGCAAUAUCUGAGCUAUCAGUUUGUAAUUCAUCCCCAUUUUUAAGAUGGUGGAUGCUGGAUUUUGAACCCUUACCUUUGAUCUUUUGGAUCAUCAGAGUUCGGGAAUACAUUUUUGAAACCUAGUUCUGCCAUGAUUGGCGUUUAUUUGGUUUGAAAGUGCGCUGUGCUUUUAGCAUUUUAAACUCUAAAUUUGUUCAAAUUAUGUGCCAUAGGAUGGCGAUGAAAAUAAUCCUCUGGCUUUUUCCUUGCUUCCAGCUAGUUUGCAGUCAUUAUUAAACUAUGGUUUUCGUAUGUGAGGAUUCGCCGAGUACUUCGGAAUGCAUUCAUCGGCUAUUUUGAUAAGUUCAUCAGAGAAUAAUUGAACAGGGUCAGGAACAUCGAGAAAUAGAUGAGGUUUUAAUUUGUUUGAAGACAUUUUUUCAAACAAGGGCCAGUUAGCUUUACUAAAGAUCUUGAUGCAGGAGGUACAUCAGAAGGAGUAAUAGGUUUUAAUAUAGUUGGAAAAUGGUCACUUCCACAGAGGUCACCGUGGACCGACCAUUCGAACUCAUCAGUAAAGCUUAGUCUGAAAUCCAUUAAUCUAUAGAAGAGUAAGUACCUGCACCUGGAUGUAAAUAUGUGUUCGAACCAUCAUUAUAUAUGCAUAAAUCGUUAUUAGAA